UACUCUAGACUACAACAUCAAAUAGUAAUAACUAAACAAAAUAUGAAGGGUCACAAAACCAACCAGUCUGAUCGGGCAUGGUUUAUCGCCAUUGGUGUGUUCUUGGGGUUCGUCUCGGGUGCACUCUUAAUGUCGGCUUUUACGAGCCGAUGGUCAUCUAAUCAAUAUUCACUCACCUCCAUGCCCGUCCAAGGAAGGGCCAUCCUUCACUAUGCGACCUCAAAGAUAAUCCCACAACAAACCCUGGAAGAGGUUACAGAGUCAUUUAACGUACUACAAUCCUUAAGUCCAUGUAACUUUCUCAUAUACGGAUUAGGUUAUGAUUCCCUCAUGUGGGCUGGACUCAACCCAAAUGGGACCACCCUCUUUUUAGAGGAGUCCCCUGAGUGGGUCACCACAGUACUAAAAGAUGCACCGUUUUUGAACGCAAAAACAGUGCCAUACAGAACACAACUUAGAGACGCCGAUCAAAUACUAAAAACAUACAAAAAGAAUCCAGAUUGCCAAUUCUCUAGGGCUUUCUUAAAGGGUAACCAAAACUGCCUUUUGGCCUUAGAGAACCUACCAGAUGAGGUGUACCUACGAGAGUGGGACGUGAUCAUGGUCGACGCCCCAAGGGGGUACUCCCCGGAGCAUCCAGGGAGGAUGGCGGCGAUAUUCUCUGCAGCCGUGAUGGCGCGUGACCGGAAGCGUCCCGGGAAUACACACGUGUUCUUGCAUGAUGUUGAUAGACCAGUGGAGAAAAAGUUUGCGGAGGAAUUUUUGUGUAGUAAGUAUAGAGUUGGAGCUGUAGGAAGAUUAUGGCAUUUUGAGAUCCCACCAUCUGGACCUAUUAAUGAGGGUAAAACAAGUUUUUGUUAAGGAUGGAUCAAUCGAAUUUCUUUUUAUUAUUGUUGGUAUGUGAUCGUUACAUAGCGAGGUAAGGCUACGUAAAUUAUAUUGUUGUCUAAAAUAAUUACAUGUAUCGAAACUUACACUUAUAAUUUAUGAAGAGUACACAUAAUUAUUGGAUAAGCAUCAAACUCUCGACCUCAGAUUUAAUUUACAUGAGAGAUAUUAUAUUAUUGCUUUUAAUAUUUGCGACUUACAAAGUUUUUUACUUAUUUUUGAAAUUUAUUUCUUUAUACUACGUAUUUAUUUAUGAGGACUAUACAAAGUUUUCUUGUCUUAUUGGUAUAGUUUGUAGUUAUAUUGAUUUGGAUUGAGUUAUUUAAGGUCACAGUACGUACAUAUAUUUGAUAUAUAUACAUUGUGAAUCUUGUGAUGUAAUUUAUUUAUGCUUGAAAAGUAUAUAUUGAGGGAUGAUUCUACUGAUGACACCAAAACAUGCUGACUGGCAUGUUAUAGUUGGUCAAUUUUUCAUUUAUUUUUAAA